AUGUUUUUUUUAAGAUUUCAGUUGUAUACGCGAAUGGUUGCUGUGUUGGUGCUUGUGCUCUUGGUGGCGACGACAGCCGCUUUGCCAACUCCACAGAUGUGUGCGAAAUUCGCGAAAUCCGUCGCGCGAUGGAAUCCGAUACCGGAGACGUUGCUGGAUUGGUCGAAGGACAACUGCGACAAAAUUCAGCCUCGGCCUCGUGAAAUGACAUGCAGCGACAUACAGCGAUUUAUUGCCGAUUGCAAUUACGGUGGCGGUGGACCAGUUGGAGCAGGGCAAGAGCUAGCACCAGCGGCUCACGAAACGCUGGAAGGUUAUUAUCAACUUUGCUUCAAAAUUUCUAUUACAACACACUAUUUCCAGAGGGUAUACGGUAACUACCCGCAAGUGCUACCCAGGUACAUUCACUACAACAGGGCUACGGUGACAGACUUUGGACAGUUCGGAAAUUGGUACUAUCCGAAUUACUAUCCUCCGACAUAUCUUGGCUAUUUCGAUGGCCGUCCUGAGAGUAUUGCUCAGUUAGAGAAUGAUUACCGCUUUGCUAAAGGAGGACAUUAUCUCUAUAACAGAGCCGAUAAUAUCGUCAACAUCGGACUUCAGCAAACGUAUUUGCCCACUUGUCUUCACGAUCUCUUCUAUUGUGUAAGAGCGACGAAUCCGUCACCAUAUCAGCACUACUACGCCGAGCGACACGAGCCCCUACGGAAGUCUCGUGCUCAAAGUCAUAACUCCGAUGACGAAAACCACGAAUAG